CUUCUGCGCGACGUCGACUUUCCACUAAGAUUGCGGGCCGCGUCGAGUAACGUCAUUGGAGCUUCUCUGCGCGCCUUUGCGUCGCUCCUGGCGGGAGCGGGAAGCAGAUUCGGAUUUCCGCGCCUCAGACCGGUUGAGCUGACUUCUUGGCGCUGGUCGCUCCUGCGGUUUCUGCCGCUGAGCGGCCUCUCAAGCUCCAUCUCGCGCACCCUGCCGCCUCCUAGGCCCCGCCGGCGCCCCAGCUGCGUCUAGAGUCCCUCGGCGCCUCAGCCUCCAGCGGCGAUGCAUGUGAUCAAGCGAGAUGGCCGCCAAGAGCGGGUUAUGUUUGACAAAAUUACUUCUCGAAUCCAGAAGCUUUGUUAUGGACUCAAUAUGGACUUUGUUGAUCCUGCUCAGAUCACCAUGAAAGUUAUCCAGGGCUUAUAUAGUGGGGUUACCACUGUGGAACUGGAUACAUUGGCUGCUGAAACAGCUGCCACCCUGACUACUAAGCACCCUGACUAUGCCAUCCUGGCAGCAAGGAUUGCUGUCUCCAACUUGCACAAAGAAACAAAGAAAGUGUUCAGUGAUGUCAUGGAAGACCUGUUUAAUUACAUAAAUCCACAUAAUGGGAAACACUCUCCUAUGGUGGCCAAGUCAACACUGGACGUCGUUGUGGCUAACAAAGAUCGCCUGAAUUCUGCCAUUAUUUAUGACCGAGAUUUCUCUUACAACUACUUUGGCUUUAAAACAUUGGAACGAUCUUACUUGUUGAAGAUCAAUGGAAAAGUGGCUGAAAGACCACAACACAUGUUGAUGAGGGUUUCAGUGGGAAUUCACAAAGAAGAUAUUGAUGCUGCUAUUGAAACAUACAACCUUCUCUCUGAGAAGUGGUUCACCCAUGCCUCCCCUACUCUCUUUAAUGCUGGUACGAACCGCCCACAACUUUCCAGCUGUUUCCUUCUCAGCAUGAAAGAUGAUAGCAUAGAAGGUAUUUAUGACACUCUAAAGCAGUGUGCGCUGAUUUCCAAGUCUGCUGGGGGAAUUGGUGUUGCUGUGAGUUGUAUUCGAGCUACUGGCAGCUACAUUGCGGGGACAAACGGCAAUUCCAAUGGCCUUGUGCCAAUGCUGAGAGUAUAUAACAACACAGCUCGUUAUGUAGAUCAAGGUGGAAACAAGCGACCUGGGGCCUUUGCUAUUUAUCUGGAACCAUGGCAUUUAGACAUCUUUGAGUUCCUUGACUUAAAGAAAAAUACAGGAAAGGAAGAGCAGCGGGCCAGGGACCUCUUCUUUGCCCUUUGGAUCCCGGAUCUCUUUAUGAAACGAGUGGAGACUAAUCAGGACUGGUCUUUGAUGUGUCCAAAUGAGUGUCCUGGUCUGGAUGAAGUUUGGGGAGAAGAAUUUGAAAAGCUGUAUGAAAGUUAUGAGAAACAGGGUCGUGUCCGAAAAGUUGUAAAAGCUCAGCAGCUCUGGUACGCCGUCAUCGAGUCUCAGACGGAGACGGGCACCCCCUACAUGCUCUACAAAGAUUCUUGCAAUCGGAAGAGCAACCAGCAGAACCUGGGAACCAUCAAAUGCAGCAAUCUGUGCACAGAAGUUGUAGAGUACACCAGCAAAGAUGAGGUUGCAGUUUGUAACUUAGCUUCUCUGGCCCUGAAUAUGUAUGUUACGUCAGAGCAUACAUACGACUUUAAGAAGCUGGCUGAAGUCACCAAAGUCAUUGUCAGGAACUUGAAUAAAAUUAUUGAUAUUAACUACUACCCUGUCCCAGAGGCAUGUUUGUCAAAUAAACGUCACCGCCCCAUUGGAAUCGGGGUACAAGGUUUGGCAGAUGCUUUUAUUCUCAUGCGGUAUCCUUUUGAAAGUCCAGAGGCCCAGUUACUGAAUAAACAAAUCUUUGAAACCAUUUAUUAUGGAGCCUUGGAAGCCAGCUGUGAACUUGCCAAGGAGCUGGGCCCAUAUGAAACCUAUGGGGGCUCUCCAGUUAGCAAAGGAAUCCUUCAGUAUGAUAUGUGGAAUGUGACUCCCACAGACCUAUGGGACUGGAAAAUUCUCAAGGAGAAAAUUGCAAAAUAUGGAGUAAGGAACAGUUUACUUAUUGCUCCGAUGCCUACUGCUUCAACUGCUCAGAUUCUGGGAAAUAAUGAGUCUAUUGAACCUUAUACCAGCAAUAUCUACACUCGUAGAGUCUUAUCGGGAGAAUUUCAGAUUGUAAACCCUCACUUACUGAAGGAUCUUACUGAGCGGGGCUUAUGGAAUGAAGAGAUGAAAAACCAAAUUAUUGCGUGUAAUGGAUCCAUCCAGAGCAUACCAGAAAUUCCAGAUGAUCUGAAGCAACUGUAUAAGACUGUGUGGGAAAUCUCUCAGAAAACAGUUCUCAAGAUGGCGGCUGAGAGAGGUGCUUUCAUUGAUCAAAGCCAGUCAUUGAAUAUCCACAUCGCUGAGCCUAACUACGGCAAGCUCACUAGUAUGCACUUCUACGGCUGGAAGCAGGGUUUGAAGACUGGAAUGUACUAUUUAAGGACAAGACCAGCAGCUAAUCCCAUCCAAUUCACUCUAAAUAAGGAGAAGCUGAAAGAUAAGGAGAAGGCAUCAAAAGAGGAAGAAGAGAAGGAGAGGAAUACAGCAGCUAUGGUGUGCUCUUUGGAGAAUAGAGAGGAGUGUCUGAUGUGUGGAUCUUGAGGAUAAACUUAGGAGGGACCAGCAGUUCUUUGUAAAACAAACCUUGCGAAUAAGGAAUGAUGAGGUGCUUCUCUGGCACUUUUUAUGAUGACCACAGUUUUGCUGGUUUAAUAAGAAGCAAAAUUGAGUUGUAGCCAUGACAAGUGCCAAUGGGACCUUUAUGCAUAAGGUCCUAUUCUGAAAUAAAGACAGACCUGCCUAUG